AUGGCAGAUGGGCCGCAGGCCAACCCCAAAGGGUUCAGGAAGAAGGGGCUGGUGAGACACCCCUCAGGGUGGAGGGGUCCGAGCCUCAGGGCCUCUUCUCCUUCGAGAACUUCCAGAUCUCACCUGGGGAUGAAGACGUUCAUCACCAUCACCAUCCUGGCCAGCAGCGUCCUGCCCGCAGCCCACAGCAGCGUGCUCAACCUCAAGUCCAUGGUGGAGGCCAUCACAGGGAGGAACGCCAUCCUGUCCUUCGUGGGCUACGGCUGCUACUGCGGGCUGGGGGGGCGCGGCCUGCCCAUGGAUGAGGUGGACUGGUGCUGCCAUGCCCACGACUGCUGCUACCAGAAGCUCUUUGACCUGGGCUGCCACACCUAUGUGGACCACUACAACUACACCAUCGAGAACAAUACUAACAUUGUCUGCAGCGAGCUCAACCAGAUGGAGUGUAACAAGCAGACGUGCGAGUGCGACAAGAACUUGGUCCUGUGCUUCCAGAACCAGACGUACAGGGAGGAGCAUCGAAACUACCCCAACAUCUACUGCCAGGGCCCCGUGCCCAGCUGCAGCAUCUACGAGCCACACCCCCUGCCUCCCUAG